AAUUUCAGUUGACUCAGUCUUCACGCGUAUGGCAUUUGGGAAUGAAGCUGCCGAUUUGUUAUUUCCAUUUUUACUAUGUGUAUGUGUUCUACGUCAUGUGCGAUUGAUAAUGAAAAGAACUUUACCUUUUCAUCGUAGAAAUAGCCAGACACAAUCAUAGACCAAGAUUUGUUUAUCAGUUCGAUAACUAAACAUUAAUUUAUAAAAAAAUCGAGAGAGAUUUACGAAUUCAAAGUGCAAUUAUUAUUUUUUUUGGCUUAGUUGCGGUAUAGUGUCAUUUGGUAGACGUUUUGAUAAGAAGACAGAAUUUAUUAUUUUAAUUAUUUUGUGUUUAAUUGAGUGACAAAAGCGGAAUAAAAUUGAAGAGGGAAUCAUGGAAAAAUUCAAAAAUUCGUUACGAUCCUUUGCGAAAACAAUGUUCUGGUUCAUGGCAUUUUGUACAUCGAUUCCGGUAUUUUGCAUGUGCUAUGUUCUUUUGUCGAUGCUAAAUUCAGUGUGGCUGUACAUCCUCACAUCAAAGUAUCCACAUCUCGAUUUCGUGAAAGUGAAUAAAAUUCGCAAUAUUUUGGACUCGAAACGUAACCAGAGUGUUGUGCACAUACUUUUACACAUAGAGGGACAAUGCAAUGUAGACAUUGUCAAGGAUUCGCUUUUGCAUUACGUUCUAGAACGUACAGACAGAGAUGAAACAAUCUUAUAUCCGAAGCUGAGACAAAGCUUUUUAAAAUCAUGGGGAUAUUAUGCAUGGCUACGUAACGAGAGCGAGUUCGACAUCAACAAUCAUGUCAUACUUGGACCGUCCACGCACAUGGGUCGCCCAGUGAAUGAAAACAAUAUUCAAGAGUAUGUUAGCAACAUCACAUCAAAGUAUAUGCCAAUUGACCUACCACAAUGGCAAAUUGUACUGAUACCAUCAGCUGGGUCUGGUGAUAACAUGAGUACGGAAAAAUACUUUAUGUUUGUUCGGAUUCAUCACUUGAUAUUGGCUGAAGAGCCGGAUUUACGGCUCAGUGAUUUUUUGCUUACCACAUCACAUCCAACCACAUCAAUUCCCUUAAUGGAAGCGAACGCAACAAAUUUUUGCGAUACGUCGGAACCAUUCUGCAAUUCCAUUCCGACUCUUGUGCAUAUACCAAAACUAUAUAAUGAGAUUGAACUGAUGAUUUGCAAUAGGUGGAAUGAGCUACUGAACAGAUACGGUGGUGGCAAUAAGCUGGAAGUGAAAGAUGAUCAUGGGCUGUUUGAUGUCGCUGUGGUGAUUUUUAUAGCAUUCGUGACUGUUAUGAUUGAAUUUUUGAGGGACUUUACGAUGGUUAAAGAGGACACCGGUAGAUAUUUUUUCAAUUUGUGUCGACGCGAAUUGGAACGGAAAAAUUUGUCCAUCAAGUGUUUAUUGAAUGCAACGCUGGUCUCACUACAUCCGAAAAGUAUGAUAGAAACCAUCGUUCAGACAACAUUCUGGAUUACAGUCAACUGGUGUAUUAUAUUGCCCAUAAUGUGGUACAGAGAGUUCGUCGCGAUUGUAAAAUAUUUUAUAAAUCCACAACACACAGUGUCUGCCUUCACAAUAAAGUAUGGAAUGCUUGCGUACAACGCGACUGCUGAGCUGUUCGAUUUACUGCAUAUGAUUCUGAUCGCCCCGCGAAAGGUUUACGAGGAACUGUUCGAAAAACAGAAAACGUAUCCUCAUGCAUUGAAGAAUUUGUCGCUAUGUGGACGAAAAGUGGUCUCAUGGUCCGACAAAGUUAGUGAUGAUCAUGUAGCGCAGAUUUGUAAAAGGCAUCAUAUCACACCGAACGAAGUUUAUUUUUCCGCUGCGUCGUCGGCAUUGUUUACGUUUCUGGAGGAAUUCAAAAAUUCAAUUCCCAAAAAUUUGGAUGCAUGUGCUCGAUAUGUCGAACAAGAUUUUCUACUUGGUAAUGGUGACUACUCUGAAGACAUCACGGGUUACAUUUUGGUCAACCUGCCACUGGAACCACAUUCGAAAAGGCAAAUCGAAAAAAUGCGAGCAAAUUUCAACGAAGUGCGACAAAAUCAGUUUGCAUUUUUUUUACUAUACGUCGCCCAGAGGCGUUACGAUUUUUUGACGAAAAUUCUACCUCAAUGCUGGACACGGUUGUUGUUCAAUUACUUGUCCAACCGCUAUACCGUUUCCAUAACAAAACUGGCCGACAGUUGUCCACGCACCAAUCAGCCCGACAUAGGCGUAACGCUUUGGGGAGAUAUAAUUCGUGAUAUCGUUUACUUUACUCCACCACAAUCGAAUAUUAGUGUUUCGUUAACCUUUCAACGAUUCGGACAGCACACUCGACUGGCUGUUAUGACUGAUGCAAUAAUUCGUCCAUUCCACAAUAAAAUCUCGCAAAGUUGGUCCCAAAACGUACAAGACAUGUUGCAGUAGUUUGAAUUUUAGAGUUUUUUUUUUUAAAUUUAAUAAAAGAUUUUGAAGAA